AUGACGAAACGAAAGAACGUCGCUGUCAUCGGCGGCGGCGUGAGUGGCCUUGCCGCGGCCAAGGCCUUCGAUGAACGCGGCCAUCGGGUGUUCGGUUUUGAGCGAAGCCACGAUUUUGGCGGUGUCUGGGAACUGUCCCGUUCCUAUCCGGGCGUCCAGACCCAGUCCCCGAAAGAUCUUUACAGAUACACAGAUCUUGCCAUGCCGGACGAAUAUCCCGAAUGGCCGAAGGGGCCACAGGUCCAUGCCUAUCUUCAUGCCUAUGCGGACAAACACAAACUGGCCAGGCUGUUUCAGCUGAACACGAACGUUCAAUCCAUGGAUCGCAGAAACGACGGCCUGCCCGGCUGGACGCUUACGUUGGAAGCGGCCGGCAAAACCUGGACGCAGGACUUUGAUUUUGUCGCGGUCUGCACCGGACAGUUCUCUGACAAGAACAUAAUCACCCAUCCGGGCCAGGACGCGUUUCAGGCCACGGGUCGUGAUGUCAUCCACAGCUCGGAAUACACCGAUCCGACCACGGUGACAGGGAAAAAUGUCGUCGUAUUGGGAGGUUCCAAGUCCGCAACCGAUAUUGCCGUCAACGCGGCAGCAAACGGCGCGAAAUCCGUAACACUCGUCUAUCGGGAACCCGUGUGGCGCGUGCCGUAUUUCGUCGGCGGUAUCAAUUUCAAGCGCCUUUUGUACAUGCGGGCGCAGGAGCAGCAGUUCAACGGGUGGAGUCCAUCCCCCCUGGGCAAGGCUCUCUUUACCGCGUUCAAGCCGCUGAUCUGGGCCAACUUCCGCGGCCUUGAGACCCUUCUCAAGUUGCAGCUCGGCUUGAAAAAAUGGGACAUGGUGCCCGACACACCGAUUGAAAAGGAUGCAUCCUGCUCGCUCCCCAUCGUGACCCCGGGCCUGUUCGAAGGCUUCAAGGACGGUUCGAUCAAACCGGUCAGGGGAUCAUUCGAGCGAUAUGAGGAGGAUCAAAUUGUUCUGACGAACGGUGAAAAAGUGCCCUGCGACCUCUCUAUUCUAGCGGUUGGGUGGAAACUUGGCGUGCCCUACCUGGCUCAGGAGUACCAGGACAAGCUGAUCGAGCAUGAUGGUCAAUACCGUGUGUAUCGUCUCGCCGUAAACCCUGACAUGCCGGACAUGGGAUUUGUCGGGUUCAAUUCCAGCUUCUGCACGAUCCUGUCCGCCGAAAUGAUCGCGAACUGGCUCGUUCGCUAUGCGGACGGCAAACUUGCCAACCAGCCAAGCGAUGAAGACAUGAACCGCAAUAUUGAAGAAAUGCUUGAUUGGCGCCGCAAGGAGCGCCCGGCGGCAAAGGUUUACGGUGGCCUUUGUUCAGCACCGUUCCACUUCCGGCAUUUCGACGAACUUCUGUCUGACAUGGGGGCGGGCAAGACAAAACGGUCCAACCCGAUAGCAGAACAAUUCUCCUAUCCGGAUGCAGCGUCCUAUGGUGAGUCCCUGGCAAGCGCGCCGCAAUACACGGCCGGGUGA